AUGGGAACAACAUCCGUCCGCCGCAACCUUUUCCAGAACCACCUCAGCAGACACCCUGUCUCAACUACCGGUCCGAAUAACGGGGCAUCGGUCCUUUCCUCCCAGGUACUGCAGUCUAAUGCGACUGAGUCCAAUUCAUCCAUCUCUGCUGGGACCAUGGACGACGGUGAGAUUGUGGUGAAGGACAAGAACGGUAGCUUUACCCUGGAUAUACCAGUUCUGCCGCCUAUCGAGGGGGAAGACGAAGAUGAGAUGGAAGGCGUUGAGGGAGGCGCUGGUGGGAGCUCUACGGCUGCUACGGGUGCUGAUCCCACCGGGCAGUCUGAAAUAAGUGGGCGAGAAAAAGAGAAACUUGAAGCGGGGCUUGUUGAGAUCAUGUACCGAAACCGGAACCGGCAAAUGAGUAGUGAACCACAUGGUGAGCUUGUCCUGUACUAUUUCGUUUCGGAUGACCCGUGUCGAUGGCUGAUGCUGGCAGAAAUUCUAAACCUUAUUUAUCAGAGUCUCAGGAAUAAAGUCGCUGCUCUGGAUGAAGACAAUUGGAUGUAUGAGCCAGAAGUCGAUACACGGGUAUAG